UCAAACAGGCUCAAGUAUACCACUCCGUCAACCCAAAAAAAACAUACGGACUAUGAAACGGUAAAAUCGCCUGAACGGUUGUUUCCGGCGAAGUCAGGAUGGAGCUUCUGAACUCAUCACCUCCUUCGCUCCCAAAACCAACUGGUAAUACACAUUUAUGCUCUGGGCCGUCGAAUUUCAGGCGCGGAUCUUACCACAAUGAGGUGCCGGCCUUCCCACAGUUGCCGGAAAUUGCUGAGGAAGCCGGCUGUAAAGUGCACGUGGCUGUGGGGAAGAAGAAAACGGACAAGGCUGUAUCUCUGAUUCAGUGGGUUUGUAGGAAUUUCGGGAACUCUGAGAUUUGCAUCCUUCAUGUUCAUCAACCUUCUCCUUUCAUUCCCACUCUAUUGGGAAGACUACCAGCAUGCCAAGCUAAUCCAGAAGUGGUGUCUGCUUUCAGGAAUGAAGAGAGGGAAUUGAUGAGGAAACUUGUUAAUGGUUACUUAAGUAUAUGUUGCAGAUUGAAGGUCAAGGCAAGCAUUAUUACUCUUGAAGCUGAUCAAAUUAAAAAAGGAUUAGUUGAUAUGGUAAAUGAACAUAAAAUUAGGAAGCUAGUAAUCGGAGCUAUUCCAGAUUGCAGGAAGGAAAAACGGAGCUCUAGGAAAGCAAGUUAUGUUGAGCAGAAUGCUCCAUCAUUCUGUGAGAUAAUAUUUGUCAACAAAGGAAAACUAGUUUUUACCAGACAGGCUACGGGGUUCAAUUCAAACUCUGUAGUAGCUCAAAGUCCUGUUUGUCUCCCACUGCCAGAUUCGAAUUCAGCAUUUGAAGAGGAAAGCCUAUCUGGACAGCUUAGAGAAACUGACUUAGAAUCUGAGUCAUCAAGAAAUGAAGUGAUUGCAGAUAUUUUUAAGUGUAAUAGAUUGGAAGCUGAAGCUGCAGAAACCAUGAAGACCAAAACAUGGGAAUGUGCUCAUGUGCGUGAAAUUGCUCUCAGGAAAGAAGCUGAGUUGUCUCAUAGAACUAUGAUAGAGGAACAAGAUAAGGAUUUGAAAGAGAAGGAAGAGAUGACGCACAAGCUAAAUAUGACCAUGAGAAGUAUAGCUAUCUUAGACACUCAUGGACUGGAAACUAACUGUAUGUACAAAGAUAUUGCAGGAGAGAUUAGACUCAUCCAAACUUCCAUAGAAACUCUCCAGAAGGAGAAGCAGAAAGUUCAGAAACAGAAAGAUGAGGCAAGGGGGAGGAGCUGUGGAAAGGUUUGGGGAGUAAGUUCAAGAGAGUUGGUACAAUUUUCUAUAUCAGAUUUGCAAAUAGCAACUUGCCAUUUUUCAGAGAGCUUCAAGAUUGGAGUGGGUGGAUAUGGAGCUGUUUAUAAAGGGGAAUUAUUGGAUAGAACAGUUGCUAUAAAGAAGCUUAAUCCACACUAUAUGCAAAGCCAAUCAGACUUUCUUCAACAGGUUCAAAUUCUAGGAAAACUUUAUCAUCCUCAUCUGGUAACUUUACUUGGGUUAUGUACUGAAGAUUGGUACCUUGUUUACGAGUAUAUGCCAGGAGGAAACCUCCGGGACCACCUUCUCCACAAGAGCAGCAUUACAUGGAAAAACAGAUUGCAAAUUGUUGCUCAAAUUGCUAAAGGGCUUUUGUUUUUACACACUUCCAACCCUGAAAAGAUUGUGCAUGGCAAUCUAAAGCCUGAAAAUAUCCUCCUAGACUCUUACAACAGCUGCAAAAUAUGUGAUUUUGGGAUUUCUAAGCUUUUUCCGAACCAAACGCUUCAUUGUCCAAGUUUCCGGCGUCAAAGUGUGUCAAAGGGCGCUUUUUCAUACACUGAUCCAGAAUUUCACGUCAGUGGGUCUCUGACAACGAAGUCAGACAUCUAUUCGUUUGGACUGAUCAUACUUCAGAUGCUCACGGGAAGAAGUCCGGAGGGACUAUCCCGUGAGGUACGUAAGGCUGUCUCAUGCAGGAAUCUGGAAUCCAUUUUGGAUUCAUCUGCUGGUGAUUGGUCAGCUUUUGUGGCAAGGAGGUUGGCCGGCUUAGGGUUGAGUUGUUGUGAGCUAAACAGUAGGGAUAGACCCGAGUUGACGCCAAGUCUAGUAAGGGAGUUAGAGCAGUUGCACACCUUGGAGGAGCGUGUAGUGCCAUCUUUUUUCCUUUGUCCUAUUUCUCAGGAGCUAAUGUAUGAUCCUCAAGUGGCAGCAGACGGGUUCACCUAUGAAGGAGAGGCCAUAAGGGGGUGGCUGGGAAGUGGGAGAGGUACUUCCCCGAUGACCAAUUUGACACUUAGUCACUUGGACCUUACUCCUAACCCCUCACUCCGGCUUGCUAUCCAAUGUUGGAUCUCCAAUUCUCAUUAACUCCUCCUCCUCUUCCACCUCCACCAAUGUCUAUAUUUUGUCAAUCGUAAAGUUCAUUUGUAUUGUAUAUCCAUAGGACUCAGCUUAGCGGCUUAGCCUGACCGAUCACGUAAAGAAAGGUACUUUACAGUUUACGUAAUCUUUUAGGCUCUGUUUCAUUGUAGUAGAUGUAAUGGAAAAAAUGUUGUGAGUUGUUCUAUGUAUGCGUGUAUAAUGCACAGGCGCCUUGGUAGGUUAUUGUAUUGAACUAAUGAAUGUGAUAAAAUCAAUUUCAACCUAAUAAGUAAAUCACAAGCUCUGCUGUUAUUUGAUUCAU